UCGCACCCAGCGCACACGCGCAGCGCGUCCAGUUACUACUAGCUACUAGUGUUCACAAGUGUAUCCAACAUGGUGAAGUUCGAAGGAGAUUUCAGUAUAAACGCCAUACUGAUGAACCACGCAGCGGCGAAACCUCCCCCCUCGCCGACUGCAUCGUCAACAGCUACGCCUUCCGAAGCUGACCUUAGCGAUUCGGAAUUAGACGUCACGGGCACGGAACCCGUCGACUGCACCAAACCUAAAGAAGACGAAGACAAGAAAGAUAAAAAACAUGAGAAACCAGCGUACAGCUACAACGCUUUGAUCAUGAUGGCGAUCAGAAACAGUCCUGAAAAACGUCUCACAUUGAACGGGAUCUACGAAUACAUUAUGACCAACUUUCCUUACUACAGAGAGAAUAGACAAGGUUGGCAGAAUUCCAUCCGUCACAAUCUAAGCCUGAACAAGUGUUUUGUGAAAGUGCCACGACAUUACGACGAUCCUGGGAAAGGGAAUUAUUGGAUGCUCGACGCGUCGGCCGAAGACGUUUUCAUUGGCGGCACGACGGGCAAGCUCCGCCGACGAUCAGCGCUUAACGGAAGAUCUAGACUAGCCUGUUUUAAACGUCCAUUAUUCCCUGGUGCUCCGUUAACUGGCCCGUAUCCCCCAGCCACUUACAGUCAACUAGUUGGUCUGUAUUCUCAACUAUUGUAUCAAAGGUACGCACCGAUGCAGAUGAAAACGCCGCCGGUAGCUCCAAGUGCUGUACAUCCAGCGUUUAGAGGAGAAAUAGGUUAUAAUGGACUACCUUACUCCCCAGCUUUAUACUCUCCGGAAAGGCUACAAAGUGCUCCUUUCUUCGGCCAGACGUUAUUGCAGAAUUCUCAGCUAGGACAAUCAGCAAUGCUUGCGCAAACGUCUCCCUUGUUGCCACCUUCCCCUCCUAUGAUGCAUUCACCCCCUACGUCUGGAGCGUCGAGUCCUGAGCUUCCAGCACCAUCGCACCACCCCCUAACGCCGCAUAUUUACAAACCUGUGACAGUUUUAUCGCGACAGUGACUUUGUGAAGACUUUAUGUGACUUGAGGGUUGGUAAUCUCAAAGAGGCUGACACUCCCACGUAUGGGAAUAGUGGGACGUUCAAUCUGUGAUUUAGUUUUAGUUAGUUUAAUACCAGUGUCGAGUAUUAAGGAUUUUAAGGCUGUUUGUUCACCAGAUAUUAUGUGCAAGAAUUAUGAGCGAAAAAAUCAACCAAUACCUAAGGUUUUCUUCAGUAAACAGAUCUUUUUGAAGUUUUUUUGUAGCUUAUUUUCUUCACAGUUUGAAGUACUGGUGAAAAGCUAGCUUUAAGGAUUUAAAUACAGUAAUCUCUAGUUGUAUAGUUUGCAAUAUAGCAGUUAUAUUGUUGUUCCCUGUAGCAUUCCGCUAUUGUUUGUUGAUAUAAUAUUCUAUUAUUGUAAAUAUCUCCAAAGUUGUAUAUUUAUUGAACUAUUAGGCUUAAGAUAAGAGAUGUAAAGAAUAAACAAAAGUAUU